AUGUCUGGUUCAUCAUUUGAAGAACUCUUUGGCUCAUUUACCAUCGUCGACCCCGCAACGCCCAAAGUGCCCAGAGCAACUUCCGGUGCCGGUGUCGCCACAGCAGCAGCGACUGAUGACCCGAGGGUCCUCGAAACCCAUUUUAUUGCUUUUGGCACCGACCAGGAGUCCUUCGACAGCGAAGAACAGCAAGAGACGCAAUUUCACGCUCUCAAGAUCGAUUUUAGAAAAUUCGAAUUAGCACAACAAAAAGAGAUAGUCACUCAGAUCCUCAAAAUCAACUCCCGAACCGAGAUCCUCGUCUCGCAACAAAAAAGCAUCGACGAAGCUCUCAAGAACUUCAAAGAUCCGCGUCCCAUCUGGCGAGACGUUGCCCGAAGUUGCACAUCCAUCCUCACGGUCCUCACCGCUCUCCAAAACAGAUACACCUCCUCCUCCCCCACUUCCCCCUCCGUCUUCGCCCAAGUCCUCAACAAUCGCAUAAGACACAUCGAAUCCGUCCAACAGACCGCAAAUGUCGCCAAACAACGCAACCCCACCAACGCCGCCGGCGGAUCAGACAUGUUUGACGAAUUACUCUUCGCCAUGGCCAAAGAGCAAAAUUCCCAACGCGUCUGGAAAGUCGAUGUGGGACGUGUCCAGCGAGCGGAAAUUGCGAGGAGAAAUCGUGCCAAAAAGGCGGGAAUAAAGCCGAUUCGUGGCAAGUUUUCUGCUUUGCCGGAUAUGUGGCAUGCGUUGGAUGUUAUGGGGGGUGGAAUGGGGAAAAUUACGGUCUAUGGGAAGGAGGAUGGGAGAGGGAGGAUUGUGGAUCGGGUGGUGGUGAAGGAUACGACUUCGAUUGGAUUUGAUGAGGAGGAGAAUUGGUAUGGAAAGGGGACAGAAAAAGUACCAAUCGAGUUCUGGGUCCACAAGAAGCUGGCAGAUACAAAGUGUCCUCAUUUUCUAGGAUUGGCGUCCGACGAAGUCCAAGUGGACGACGCAAUUGCAACCUUUCGCAUGUUCCUGGAAUAUGCGAGUCAAGGCGAUCUUAACGAGCUCCUGGGACGACACUUGGAAGCCGGUGAACUCCUUCCCGAAGCAUUCAUCCUCUAUGUAUUCCGGGCGUUGAUCGAAACCUGCUUGAUCAUGCAGCGCGGCAAAGCAGGCCGAGUCCUAGACAAGUCCUGGGAGCAGAUUGUCCAUCGCGAUUUGAAGCUGGACAAUGUAUUUCUGGGAGAGAAUUCCAUCACCUCCUUUCCCGCCUACCCUCAAGUCAAACUAGCAGACUUUGGCAUCGCCAUCGUAACGGCUCCCGACGACCCUGCCAAUCCUUCAUUGUACAAUCGACAAACAGGAACGCCAGGCUAUCUUCCCCCGGAACAGUGCGCAUUUUCCCACCCUGAGACAGGAGAAGCCAUAGACGAUUUCAAACUGCUUUCGCCGUGUAAUGUAUGGGGCAUAGGAGCCAUCAUCCUCUGUCUGCUCCGAAACAAAAAAAUCUUGAGCACCGAGCAACCAACUUACCUACCAGGCGGCACAUGGUUUUACGAAUGCGACGAAACCGCCCGAAAGACGUAUUCGAAAGAACUCUGUAGCACAGUCGAUCGCUGUCUCGCAUACGACCCCGUGCAUCGUCCCACGCUCGAGCAGCUGGAGAAGUGGAUUUUGGAUGCUAUCGUUGCGGAUCCAUGGUUGGCCAAACAGGCGGAUAUCAGGUCCAUUGGGAAAGGCCCAAUGCCUUACGAGAAUCGCAUCCUUGAGAAGACUCACAAGCAUUAUGUUGGAAUGGCGAUGUAA